UUUCUUCCGUAAAAAAAAAAAAAAUAUAAAAAAAAUUAAAAUAAAAUUACUGUUGAUUUAGCUGAAUUACCCAAGGAGGACUCGUAAUCGGAGCUGAGUUGAUUGUUGAACCGCGAGCUGUGCGGGGGGGAGAAGCUCGUGGAUAUGAUUGGAUGAUAAAUAUGGAAACGGCGGAUUUUUCUAGGGUUUCGGCUGUGCGUAUCGAAAUUCACGGCGGAAAGCGCAGCUGCUCGUUUUGAUAAAGUUAUCCAGAAAUUAAGGGUAUAAAGAAUAAAGAUAAGCCCUGCAAAAGCCGUUGGUUAAGUUCACACCUUCUGCGUGAUUUGUGUGUGAAAAAAGUGUGUGGCUACAGACAAACUUUUUUGCUGCACUUCUGGCCGAAAAGUGUGCUGGACGAGACGUAACUAAGGGCUUUGUUUAUUUGGCAUAAACAGCUUGACAUCAGUGAACAAGAGAAAUCACCCAAAAGCCACAUAUCGGUGUUACGUUGGAUUUUGAGUUGGUUUAAUCAUGGCACAUCUUGCUGCCAAUCAUUUUGGCGGAGGGCCACCCCAAGGGGCCUUGAAUGAAGCUUUAUAUAAAGAACUUUGGCAUGCCUGUGCUGGCCCACUCGUCACUGUUCCACGCGAAAACGAACGAGUUUAUUACUAUCCACAAGGUCAUAUGGAACAGCUCGAAGCAUCUACACAUCAGGGACUAGACCAGCAACUCCCUUCGUUCAGCUUGCCCAGUAAGAUCCUUUGCAAAGUGGUGCAUGUUCAGCUUCGGGCUGAAUCAGACACGGACGAGGUGUAUGCACAAGUUACAUUGAUUCCCGAACAAGAUCAAAGCGAGAUCACAAGUCCAGAUCCUCCUCUACCAGAGCCUCAAAGGUGCACUGUGCAUUCAUUUUGCAAGACUCUCACUGCUUCUGAUACAAGCACCCAUGGUGGAUUCUCGGUUUUACGAAGGCAUGCUGAUGAUUGUUUACCUCCACUGGAUAUGACUCAGCAACCACCAUGGCAGGAAUUGGUAGCUUCUGAUCUCCAUGGCAAUGAGUGGCAUUUCCGUCACAUUUUUCGAGGUCAACCGAGGCGCCACUUGCUGACCACUGGAUGGAGUGUAUUCGUCAGUGCAAAAAAGUUAGUUGCAGGAGAUGCUUUUAUCUUCCUAAGAGGAGAAAAUGGGGAGCUUCGAGUUGGUGUGCGAAGGCUAAUGAGACAACUAAAUAAUAUGCCGUCUUCUGUUAUAUCAAGUCACAGUAUGCACUUAGGUGUUCUUGCUACUGCAUCGCAUGCAAUCUCCACUAGGACUUUAUUUUCAGUUUUUUAUAAACCAAGGACUAGUCGAUCGGAAUUCAUAGUUAGUCUAAACAAGUACCUGGAAGCUCAAAAUCACAAGCUCUCAGUUGGGAUGAGGUUUAAGAUGAGAUUUGAAGGUGAAGAGGUUCCCGAAAGGAGGUUCAGUGGGACUAUUGUUGGUGUUGGCAAUAAUUCUUCAUCUUGUUGGACUGAUUCCGAAUGGAGAUCUUUGAAGGUCCAAUGGGAUGAACCUUCUUCGAUACUGCGCCCAGAUAGAGUUUCACCAUGGGAAAUCGAACCGCUAGUUGCAGCAACUCCUCCAAACUCACAGACUCAACAAAGGAAUAAGCGGGCCCGCCCGCCUGUGCUGCCUUCGCCGAUGCAAGAUUUAUCGCCACUUGGUAUGUGGAAAUCACCUUCUGAAUCUCCUUCAUUUCGCGGCCUAUAUCAAUCGCCUAAGCUCAGUUCUAACACCAGAGCCAGUCCCAUGAGUUACACCGACAAUUUGAUGCCUGUUUCGAGCAAUUCAGCUUACCAGCCUAAUCAAAUAGAAACUGCUGCAGAGUCAUUUACCCCCGUCAGUGAAAAAAGACAGGUCAACGGGUGCAGGCUAUUUGGAAUCGAGCUGGUUGACCAUUCAACAGGCGAUGACACGUCAGCAGCAUGCCAGCCUGGCGCAGCUAUCGAGGAUUCUCGAAUUCCUCUAGAUUCUGAUUACGAACAGCAGUCCGAGCCAUCAAAUCGUAACCCGUCUGAUGUUCCCUCAGCCAGCUAUGAUCCUGAUAAGUUUUGCCUUAGAUCCCCACACGAACCGCACAACAGGCAAAUCCGGAGCUGCACGAAGGUUCACAUGCAAGGGAUUGCAGUCGGGAGAGCAGUAGAUUUGACAAGGUUCGAUUGCUACGAGGAUUUACUCAAGAAAUUCGAAGAGAUGUUCGAAAUUGUAGGGGAACUCUCUGGGCCCACAAAGAAAUGGCAGGUUGUCUACACUGAUGAUGAAGAUGACAUGAUGAUGGUCGGAGACGAUCCAUGGCAUGAAUUUUGCACCAUGGUGAAGAAGAUAUACAUCUACACAGCCGAGGAAGCGAAGAAGCUUUCACCCAAGAUAAAGCUUCCUAUUUCAGAGGUUCAAUCGGGCAAGCUCAAUUCAGACGCUGCUGUUAUAACCGAAGAACAAUCUUCAACUGUGGGGUCCGGUUACUGACGCAUUUUUCUCCUUAUCUUUAAUCUGUUGCAAUAAGGUCGAAAUCGGAAAGUGGAAAAGGCUGAAAAAAUCAACUUGCAAUUUUGUUUUAAAGCAAGCCGAAAGGAUAUAAUGCUUUGGUGAGACAAAAGGGCGGUUUUUUUUGUUUGCGUAAUAAUACAAUAUCGAGGAGAGUGGUGCCAUAAAAAAAGAUGAGGAUUCGGUUUAUAGUGUAUCUUAUGCUGUUGGUUUUUUUUGUCGGGGGAAUCUUAUGAUGCUUUGCUUGUUUGGAUCCCAGUUAAGUUUCGAAAGAGAGAUCUUUUUCUCACCCUUUUCUUGCCUUUUUGUUUAUGUUUUGUUUGGCUACAAGUUUGUUUAUGUAUAUAAUGAAAAAUCUAAUUGUCUUGUUGUUCAUUUGUC